CCCUGCGGAUUGUUCUGGACCACACAUCCAUUAGUUAAGAAACGUUGUACAGGGACACAAGCAUACCUAUUGGAUUCUCUGCCAGAGCCAAGACGCGAAGAAAAAAAAAGAUUAAUGCAAUAGCAAAAAAAUGUCAUCGAGCAUCGAGUCAUUGGCUGACCAGACAGGGAAAUACUACGGUUCGUGAUGACACUACAGAGACAGAAUCGUACUAUAUAUAUGAUAGGCGGUAGAGGCAGCAUAUUUUAGCCUCGUCUGAAGAGAUACUACUUGAACUUUAUUUUAAAGUUUUAACCGGACAAUAAAAACUCACCUGGGUAGAAGUGAUGAGCACUUCAGUGGCUGUGUACCGGAAUAUUUACACCGAGGACCGGUUCAGGCAGUCGUUCGGUACUGAGGACAAGCCCCGUCGGCGUGGUGAAGGGUUUCGCCAGAAGCUCGCGGAACGGUGCAGGUGUUCGGGCGCAGCAUGCGUCCACCUGUUGAAGCAACGUGUGCCCAUUCUCAACUGGCUGCCGAAGUACAAGCUGAAAAAAUGGAUAUUAGGAGAUACAGUAGCAGGACUAACAGUUGGAAUUCUUCACAUUCCACAAGGCAUGGCCUUCGCAUUACUGACAUCAGUGGCGCCCAUCUAUGGCCUCUACACCUCUUUCUUUCCUGUGGUCCUCUACAUGCUGUUUGGCACAGGACGCCAUGUCUCAACUGGUACCUUUGCCGUGGUCAGCCUGAUGACAGGCUCGGUGGUGGAGCAGCUGGUGCCCACACCUUUACAGCUCAACACGUCCAGUCCGGAGGCUGCCGAGUUUGAGGCCCAGAGGAUUGGUGUAGCCUCUGCUGUUGCCCUGCUCUCGGGCAUCAUGAUGCUCUGCAUGUUUGGGCUACAGCUGGGAUUUCUCUCUACAUACCUGUCUGAGCCCAUUGUGAAGGCAUUCACCAGCGCUGCCGCCUUCCACGUCACCAUUUCCCAGCUGCAAAGCAUGCUGGGACUGCGGCUCCCCCGCCACACAGGCCCUUUCUCCCUUUUCAAGACCCUGGCAUCGGUCAUUGAAAAUCUCCCUCACACCAACAUGGCGGAGUUUCUGAUCUCCCUGGUGUGCCUGGCCAUCCUGGUGCCGGUCAAGGAGGUCAACAUGAGGUUCCGACAUCGCCUACGCACACCGAUCCCUGUCGAAAUCCUCACGGUUAUUAUAGCCACAGGAGUUACCUAUGCUUCCUCUCUGGACUCCACCUAUGACAUUCAGAUAGUUGGUCACAUCCCAGCUGGCUUCCCUGGUCCGCGCACGCCAUCCUUGCACGUGUUGCCUGAGGUGGCCGGAGACACCGUUGCCAUUACGUUCGUGGGCUACGCCGUGUCCGUCUCUCUGGCGAUGAUCUACGCAGACAAACACGGAUACUCCAUCCAUCCCAACCAGGAGCUCCUCGCCCACGGUGUCUCCAACACGGUGUCUUCUCUAUUUACCUGCUUCCCCAGCUCUGCCACGCUCGCCACCACGAACAUCCUGGAGAGUGCUGGUGGGUUUACCCAGCUAUCUGGUUUGUUCACCAGCCUUGUGGUUCUGGUCGUCCUGCUACUGAUUGGACCUCUGUUCUACUUCCUGCCCAAGGCUGUGCUAGCCUGCAUCAAUGUCACCAGCCUCAGGCAGAUGUUUCUACAGUUCCAGGACCUGCCAGACCUCUGGAGGGUCAGCCGGAUAGACUUUGUAGUCUGGCUGGUGACCUGGUUGUCUGUUGUGGUCCUAAAUGUCGACAUGGGUCUGGCCAUCGGAGUAGUCUUCUCCAUGAUGACAGUCAUCUGUCGCACGCAAAGGGCAGGGUGUUCGGUGCUGGGCAGGGCGAGCAACACCGAGAUCUACAAACCUCUGGAGAACCACAACAAGUGCUCCGAGGUGCCGGGGGUGAAGAUCCUGACCUACAACGGGCCCAUCUACUAUGGCAACCGCAGCUUCUUCAGGGAAGACAUGAGUCGUCUGCUGGGCCUGUCCCCGGAGAGGAUCCGCAGCAGAGAGAAGGCCAGGAAGGCCCAGGCGAAGAGGGAGAGAGAAGCGGUCGACACUGUGGAGAGAGGUGUGGCAAACACGUCGUUUUCAUCUGAAAAUGACUUCUUUAAAUCCGAAACGGCAGAGAGUGAGGUCCAAGCAGUACUAAUGGAUUGCAGCAGUGUGAUUUUUGUAGAUGUUGCUGGAGCCAGAUUGUUCAUUCAAAUGUGUAUUGAAUGCCAGAAAGUUGGGGUUUGCAUAUAUUUGGCCAAUUGCAAUGAGAGUGUUCUAAAGAUCCUAACCUCAAGUGGAUUGAUGAACUACAUGAACCCACAACACAUCUUUGUGACGGUCCAUGAUGCUGUGAUGUACAUUCAACAACAGAAGGAAAAACCUCCAGAAAACAAUACCACUAUAUGGGUGUGAGACGGACGGUCAGACACUUUACAGCUCAAGAUGAACUGAUAUGCAGUAACAUGCAAGGACCAGUGAGGAACGUCUUUGCCUCUACAAUGAUUGUACAGUUUAAAGGUCUUUACAGGUUUGGAGUGGACUCUAUAUACCCAAAACCUGACCUGGCCCAAUCAAAACACGUCCACGUUUUUUUCUGUAUAACAUUAUACCCAGAUUUUCUAUCAAUUUUAAUGGUGUCUAAUGAUUGGUUAGGACAUUUUGUUAUUGCAGCUCCUCCCCAGGGGCUUGGGAGAGUUGAAGAUUGUGACAUACUUCCUAUGCUAUGCACCACCACUGCGAGUACGGUACCCGCAGGUACCCAAACCAAUACAAUGAAUCACAAUAGAUGUCUUUGGUUCGAAACAGAUUUUGUUCGUAUUGUCCUACGGUCCAUUCAGUAUUGGGUACAAUGACCUCUGAAAUACCUAAGGGUCUUAAUUUUUAAGUAAAAAAAUAUUAAGUUCUGCUUUUCUGAUUAAUUACUUAAAAAUCAUACAAUGUGAU